CAAAUCAUUCGCUUGACAGUGAUAAUGUGUUAAUGUACUUCGUAUGGAAGUAUGCGAAGGCCAAAAACUUUUUCUUAUCCGUGAGUAAGUCGAACGCUUAGAAUAUCAUUCACCUUUACAAAAAGGGAGAGGGGUGCUCGAUUUAACGUUAGGUAUAUUACUCUUGCACCGUAAAUUAACUGGGGAGGCUACUUUCUCUUUCGAAGUGUACAUUAUCUCCAUCCUGUGUGGGACUGGCUGGACGGUCCUGACUGCGCGUAACCAAUCACCACAGUUGUGCAGCUGUUGUAAGCCAGCUUGUGGAUGUCUUUCGAAGAUGCUCGGCUAUGAAACGGUCAUUCUACUGAUGACUCGACUACUUUAACAAAGUCGCUAUCUGACAUCAGCACCUCUAACCGCGGCAAAGCAGCAACAUAAAUUAUAUUAAAAGUGUUUAAACCAUUUUGCCGUCUUCAAAAUGGGAAGUCCAUCAAACUCAGAGGAAAAAACGACGAAGUCGAUAACAGAGACAUUUAAAACUAAACACUGUAAGGGCAGUUUGCCCACGGUGUUGUUUAUUGUGUUGUGGGUAUGUUCCGUGGUAUUUUGUUUACUGGUUAACUUCAAAACGUCUCACCUGGAAUACAGAGUGCUCAAGCUGGAAACUGAGAAAACUGCUCUGCAGCAUCCCGACGCUACUGUGCUGGAUGAGAACGGGACUGUACCUAAUCUUCAAGUUAUUAUUGAAAAGCUUGUGCAAGAGAGGCUGAAUCUCCUGCUUCCUAAACUUCGCCUGGCCAGGGAAGUUGUUCCAGAGUGCACCUGUCCCCCAGGCCCCCCAGGAAAACGAGGAAGGAUGGGCAGAAAAGGCGACCCUGGUUCUCCUGGCACGCCUGGACGUGAUGGUUACCCGGGUCCUCUCGGUAUGGAUGGACUGCCUGGUCUUCCUGGUCAGAAGGGAAGUGAGGGAUUGGCUGGCCCCAAAGGAGACAAGGGGGAUCAAGGAGACAUAGGACCCAGGGGUCCCCCUGCAUUACAUGGGUCAGCAGGUUUACUCAGUAAUCAGAUUCUCACUGUCAAGGGUGACCAGGGCCAGGCUGGGUCCCCUGGCCCGCCCGGUCCUCCGGGACCGCAUGGCCCCAGGGGCCCUCCAGGGAACACGGGGAGGGAUGGGCCCCGCGGAGAACAGGGUGAGCCGGGCCCACCUGGUCUAAAUGGAUUGGAUGGAAAGGAGGGGCCUAAAGGACCACAGGGUGAGAAUGGACAGCAAGGCAUGUCAGGGCCAGAGGGGCCUUCGGGAUUGAAGGGGGAGAAGGGGGAGGUGGGAAAGACUGGACCUCGUGGGGUCAUGGGUUUCCCAGGAGAGAAGGGCAUCCCAGGUUCCUUUGACACUGCUCUCAGCCAGACACAUAUUCAGGGCCCUGCCGGACCACCGGGGCCCCCUGGGGAGCCAGGGCUGAAGGGAGACGCUGGCUUACCUGGAACUGAUGGGGAAAAGGGUCAUAAAGGGGAAAGGGGUGAGCCAGGGACCCCAGGAGCAUCAGGCGAGAAGGGGGAUAAAGGACAGUAUGGCCAGCCUGGUCUUCAGGGGACAGCGGGACAAAAAGGAGAGCGAAGAGACUUUCGCUUUGAGGAGAAUCUGGCUCAGCUGAUCUCCAUACCCGGCCCUCCAGGGCCCCCCGGACCCCCAGGGUUCACGGGACCUCACGGAGUACCUGGGUCCAAGGGUGAACCUGGGGAGAUGGUAACGGGAGAGAAGGGGGAUGCUGGACACAUAGGACCCCCUGGUUUGAGGGGAGUUCCUGGUUCAACUGGAUUGGUUGGUCUCCCUGGCACCAAAGGUGGAAAGGGAGAACAAGGACAGCCAGGGUUAGAUGGCUUCCCUGGACUGAUGGGUGAGAAGGGGGUCAGAGGAGAUAGAGGGGAGAAGGGUGACCGGGGCCUGGGGGGUAAGAGGGCUAUGAAGGGCCAGAAGGGCGAGCAGGGACCCCCAGGAUUGGACCAACCCUGUCCUGUGGGUCGGGAUGGGUUGCCGAUACCAGGAUGCUGGCACAAGUGAUGAUGAACAACCCAGAAGAGAAGAGGAAUUUGUAUAUAUCGAUAUAUAUUUUUUCAACUACAAAAUUGUAGUUUUUUUUGUUAGUUCCUAUUUAAUAUAUUGAGUUUUUUUUGUUGGACAUUUUUAUGCUUAAAACAUUUGCAUAUGGGAAGGAGUACCAAGAAUAAUAAGGAUAGUAUACGGAAACUUAUUUGAAAGCGGUAAACUCCAGAACUCAUGAACAUAAGAAAUGGAAUGGGAAAUAUGUUUUGACUCAAAAUAUCACUGACAGGAAUCACAUGUUCAAUCCCCAUGGUCUAAAGUUUCCUGAGCAUCAGAUAAUCUAGAAAGUCCGGGAAUUUUGAUGAGUUUUGAUAAUCAUGAUUGUCAUGGUUAGGGGGGUCUCAAGGGCAUUCAUUUACCAGAAUCAUUCAAGUUUAUUAAAUGUUGAGUAAAUUAAAUGUCUUGACAAGGAGCUGCUUCAGUUAUAAUUGAUCUGUCAUUAAACAGAUCAGCAACAGAGAUAAACUAGUUCCAUUAACAGUUUCACAAAUAUUGGCUAAAAAUAUAUAUUUUGGUAAUACUUUGGAAAUGGCACUUUUCUCAACAAAUAUCUUGGGAAACUAGCAUUGUACCAUUAUGAAAGGCUUUUUACUUUCAACAAAUUGUUUGCAUUGAAUCAAAUGUGAUGAGAUGUGAAAGUACUUAAAAUGUAGAAAGAUAUUUACAUUUGUUUUGGUUGACAGUGUCAUUUAAUUAAAUCAAAGAUUAAUGUAUGCUCCAUAUUUACAUUAACAAGUAGGUUAUUGGUUAUUGUAAUAGUUAGUUCAUCAAGUACUGUUAUUAAUGUUUGGAAUAGGAAGCACUAAAACAGAUAAACAUAGAGACAGUAGCAUAAUCUAUCUGGCUUUCCUUCAUGCUACUUUUAAUAUGAGAAAUGUGUACCUUAUCAUAUACCAAGAUAUUCAACAUGUUAAACUGUACUGUAUGGGCAGGAAUAUUUUUAAUAAUGUUAAGUUGUAUGAUACCAAUAUAUUGGUUUUUGUCUUUAUUUCCUGGUGGCAUAUCCUCGAUAAUAUAUAUAUUUUUUUUUCUUUUUACACCAAAAUGUGAUUGAUUGUUCAGUUGGAUGUUGUUAUUUCAAGUGUAAGCAUUUCAAUACAAUAACAGCAUUACAGACCUAUUCAUGAAAUGUAUUAGUAUGUUUUCUAAUGUUACCAUUUUAUGUAUCCACUACACUAUAGAAACUGUAAGUUUUAAAUUAACAUAUUUGUACAAGUAUACUUUGUAGUAUGAGUGCUCUCUCUCACAGUUUCCGUAGUGUAGUGGUUAUCACGUUCGCCUAACACGCGAAAGGUCCCCGGUUCGAGACCGGGCGGAAACAUGCUUUUCAAUUUCACUCUAGCUCUUUCCCCUCAAAGGAAAAUAAAUACUGAAAGUUUUUCUUUCAACUUUUAGAGCCUCGGUUAUAAUAGGUUAUGAUUUUGUAGUGUUAUGGAAAUGAAUACACCGGUGAAAUACAUCUCAACUGUAUCUUUGUCUGUAUCAGAUAUGAUUUAGGAAGAGGCUUGUUUUCUGUGUGAAAUUUAUAAAAUCUGUAAACAUACUACAGAAGCACUGUACAUGUUUGAAAAUGCUUUUAAAUAUAUAACAUACUAUACUUUCAACUAUAGGAAUGUAUGACAUUUUUUAAUAAAAUAUUUUUAAUGAUAACACUUGAA